AUGGUGGAGCGGGUGAAGAACUGGAGGAGCCUCUCCGAGUACUGGCUCGGGGCCGUCCUCUACGCACUGUCGUUCCUGCCGUACAUAGAGGCCGACGGCAGUCAGCACUAUGGCCACAUCCCCCAGCACCUACUCGCGCCGGCGAAGAUCGACUGCCAGGACCACGCCAUGAUGGCGCUCGGCGUCGCGCUGAACCGGCAGAGGGGGCUGCAGGACAAGCACCAGGCGGCGUUCGACGAGCACUGGCGCGCCGUGCACGCCCACGCUCGCAAGCUUGACAGGGAAAGAGCAUCUGCAUCCGGUACACGAUGA